AUGUAUGAAUCUAAUGAUGAAGAAUCAGAUCAAAUAAAACAAGAUCGAUUAAGAAAUCGACAAAUUGAAUAUGAAUUAUUUCGGACAAUACUACCUUCAGAUAUAUAUAUUUACCCCCCAUCUCAAGAUUAUGAGAAUGAACUCAAUAAUAAUGACCACGUAAAUAAAGAAUAUUUAAUAACUGGUAGACUAAUAGAUGUGAAAUUAGACGAUGGAAAUUUUAUUCAUGAAUUUUAUCUUGAAAAUAAUAAUGAAUCUACAUUUGGUAAUCAACAACAACAACAACAUAUAGUAAUUAUUCAUGGAUAUAUGGCAGCUAUGGGAUAUUUUAUUAAAAAUGUUGAAGAUGUAAUAAAGAUUCCUGGGGUAAGAUUACAUUUAAUUGAUUUACCAGGAUUUGGGAAUUCUAGUCGACCUAAAUUCCCUAAAGAAUUCAUAUUGGAACCUAAUUCAUUAUCAGCCAAAAUUAAUCAAAUUUUACAAAUUGAAAAUUGGUUUAUUGAUAAAAUUGAAAAUUGGAGAAUUAAAAGUAAUAUUAAUCAAUUUAAAUUGAUUGGUCAUUCAAUGGGUGCAUAUUUAUCUUGUUGUUAUUUAAUGAAAUAUAAUUUGAGUACUUCUGGAAAUGAAAAUGAAAAAUUGGUAUCGGAUGUGAUUUUAGUUAGUCCAAUGGGGACAGAAUCUAAUGAAUUUAGUUUAAUUAAUGAUAAACGAUUUCAAUUCAAUUUACAUAAUAAAAUUGAUCCAUUUCAAGAAUUACAUUUUGAGAAUGAAAACGAAAAUGAAAAUGAAAACGAAAAUGAAAACCAAUUAGUUCCUAAUGAUGAUGAUGAUGAUGAUGAUAUAAUUAUAAAUGAAGAAAUCACGAAAAUUUGGUCUAAAUUGGGUAAACCCAAAUUUCCUAAAAAUUGGUUAUUAAAAAAACUUUGGUCAAGUAAUAAAUCACCAUUUGAAUUUUUACAAAAUUUUGGACCAUUUUAUUCGAAAAUUUUAUCAUAUUGGUCAUUUCAAAGAUUUAAAAAUUUCGAAAAUAAUCAAAAUACAAUUGAUUUAAUAUUAAAAUUACAUAAUUAUUCUUAUUCAAUUUUUAAUCAAUUUCAAGGAUCAGGAGAAAUUGCUAUAACAAAAUUAAUUACCCCGGAAAUAUUAGCUAAAUUACCUCUUGCCGAUCGAGGAUUAAUUGAUUUUUUAGUAGAAAAUAAUAUUAAUAAUAUGUGGAUUUAUGGUGAUAAUGAUUGGAUGAAUAAAAAUGGAGGUGAAUAUAUUUAUCAACAAAUUAAAACUAAAAAUGAAAAAAUUACUCAAUUUAAAGUGGUUGAAAAAGCCGGUCAUCAUAUAUAUUUAGAUAAUCCUCAAACUUUUAAUCAAAUAGUUAUUGAUUUCCUAAAACUUAACCAGUUAGAUUUCUUAUAA